CUAUCAGGACUCAGUAGCUGAAUGUAUAACGUGAUGGUGCCUGAAGCGAACGGUGCUGGGUUCAAGUCCCAGAGUGAAUAUCAACUCUGAGAUGCAAGUUCAUCCAGCUGAUGAGUCCCAAAUAUGAAGAAACAUGCGUCCUGGAUUCCACUGCCAGUCACUAUCCAUCUUUGUUUAUAAUGAGAGUUUCGUGUUCGAUUUCAUGCAAUGUCGAGGACUGACAUUUUAUAUUUCUCUGCGUGCCAUCAUUCAUUUUGUCUAUCUCUCCAGAGUUAUCAAAUUCCAUCAUACAAGUUUCAACAUCAUUCAGAAUAACUUGAUAUCACAUUGUAUUAGGUUCGAUUUUAAAUGGUUGACGGGGAAUGGGAGUAACAUUCAGUGACAAGCUAUAUGACAGAGGUCAGUACUCGGUGAUUAGUUGUUUAAAAGCAAUUGUGUUUACUUAACCAUAAAUUAACCCUCUACUAUUCGAUGUGGUAGCUUUUAGAGCAUCUUAAGGAUAAGUAUUUUAUUAUAAAUGUUUUUUCCCUUAAUAUUUCCUCUUGAAUCCUUCUUUGAUACCUAUUUUAAAAGACAUUCAUACCUGCCUUUCACUAAUAUUAUUCCUUUAAGAUAAAUGGAGGUAUUUCUAGGUCGUCCGAAACUGAAAAAACCCAUGCAAAUACGACAGUCAUCAUUAUCGACAACAUCAUCAUGUUUUCUGUCGGAAAGUGGUAGUAAUAGCAGUAGUACUUUACCAUUUCCAAUAUUGCUUAAAGAAGAUUUCACAGGAUUCAAUUCUGAUCAUGAUGAUAACAAUAAUGAUGGUAUAAAUAGUUGUGAACAGUUUACAUUUCAAGCGGUUCUAUUAAAUGGUGCAAAGACAUUAAUAACUGAUUUAGAACAAAUCAAGAUACUUCGAAAAAGAGGUUGUUACGGUUUUAGUCAGAAUGAUGAUUUUAAUCUUCGUAAUAAAACCAACAGUAUACCUAAAGAAUACAGUACAGAUGAUGAUGACAGUGAUGAUAAUGACAGCGGGGAUACGUCAGAUGCAGAGAUAUCAAUUCAUGAUUUUUGUAUUUCAAAAGGUAUUGAAAAAUCAGAUGAAAAUAGUUUCAACGAAACGGACGUUACACAUUUAAUAUUGAAUGAUGUAGAAACGUUAUUCUUACUCCAUGGACUUGGUUGUUUAGACGUUUACUUGCCAGUUAAUGGAAGUUCACAAUUUCAUUCAACCAUUGAAUGUCAACAACUGGACCCGUUAUCUUUAACUGAGGUCUGGUUUUGUCUGUGUACAGGAUGUGUUAAUUUACCGUGUUUACAAAUUCACUCAGCACGAGAACAGAUUGAAAAGUAUUCAGAAAAGGAGCUUCAUUUAUUACGCCGUUAUGCUGUAUAUAUAUAUUAUAGAUCUAGGGGUUGGAUUGUGCGCUCCGGAUUAUGUGUAGGCGGUGCUGAUUACCUACUUUAUGCUGAAGAUCCUAAUCGGAGACAUGCUUCAUUUUGUGUUCUAGUUGAUAGAGAUUCUACAGCUAAGGAUGGGGAACAAUUGAAUUGCAGUUCAAUAGCUGCACAUGUUCGUGUUGCACAUUCGGUUGGCAAACGUUUGAUACUUUGCCGUGUAAGUCUCCCGUCAAUCGAGGAGUUUUCUAACAAUCCAUGGGAAGGUGUUCGGAAAACAACAGUCAAGGAAACCCUCAUUGAUUAUUGGAAACCGAAAGCCAAUUAA